AUGUCCGAAAAGGCCACUUUACGUUUGGGUUCUACUGCCCCAGAUUUUGAAUCUGAAACUUCCAAUGGUAAGAUUUCCUUCCAUGAUUUCAUUGGUGACUCUUGGGUUGUAUUGUUUUCCCAUCCAGAUGAUUUCACCCCAGUUUGUACCACUGAAUUGGGUGCCUUUGCCAAGUUGGAACCAGAAUUCUCCAAGAGAGGUGUCAAGUUGAUUGGUUUGUCUGCCAAUGGUACUGAAUCUCACAAGGCUUGGAUUAAAGACAUUGAUGAAAUUACCGGUUCCAAGUUGACUUUCCCAAUCAUUGCCGACCCAGAAAGAAAGGUUGCUCACUUGUACGACAUGAUUGAUUACCAAGACGCCUCUAAUGUUGACGAUAAGGGUGUUCAAUUCACCAUCAGAUCUGUCUUUAUCAUUGACCCAAACAAGAAGAUUAGAUUGAUCUUGGCUUACCCAGCUUCUACUGGUAGAAACACUGCUGAAGUCUUGAGAGUUGUUGAUUCUUUACAAACCGGUGACAAGCACAGAAUCACCACCCCAAUCAACUGGGUUCCAGGUGAUGAUGUCAUUGUCCACCCAUCUGUUUCAAAUGAAGAAGCCAAGACUUUAUUCCCAAAGUUCAGAAUUAUCAAGCCAUACUUGCGUUUGACUCCAUUGGAUGUUUCUGAACAAAAGUAA